ACUGUGGCCGCAAGCUGUGUGGCCACCUGAGAUACUGCUUGCUGCUUAGCUCAACACUUGUGCUUCCAACCACUACUGCAAAGCAUUGUGUUAAAAAUGCCCCAGAAUUAAUUGGCACCGUGGAAUUAAGAAGGGUGCUAGGACACACCCAGUCAGAAGUGAUGCCUUGACAUCCACCAUGCAUUUCAAUGAACACCUUGGCAAAGAUUUUCACAGAGAAAGAUGAUACCAUUGCUCCUUUUCACUCCAAUUAACUUCUGGGUUCAAAUUUUGAUGCCUCAGUGCUACCAAUUACUCUCUCACUCUCAUGGACUGUCUGCAUCAGCAUGGUCUGUGUUAUCUAGUAAUCUCUGAGGUCACUCAAAGGACAUUUAUACCGGGGGAGGCAUUUCCAGAGUUAUCUAGUCACCACAGCAUCCUGUGCAUGUUCAGCAGCACUCACAACCUGGGUCACCUCGACAUUUUCCCACCAGCUUGAUUAAACCCAUUCUGAUCCUUUGGGUCAGCCAUUUCUGCAGGUCUCAAAAAAUGCGUUGCUUAGACACUGGCACAGGCUUCUCAGCAGUACUCUUGCUUUCAGUCACUUUACACAUGCACAUCAGUGAAGGUGACACUUUUCAGGUGACUCAGGCACAAAGAAAGGCCAUUGUGGGUGGAUAAUUUAGGUCCAGCUUUCAACUUUCAGAUCAAGCUGAGAGAUGACAGCAACUUUCAGUGAAAACUCAUUAAAUCACAGCGCUCAGGCAGAGGCAGGACUGGUUCUGCAUCACAGUGGAUGCUGCGAGCAUUUUGGAGGGUGUAGGACAUGUUAUUCACUGUAGUAAAGCCAGACAUCAGUGAAGUCACUGCAGACUCCAAUAAACCCCGUCUGAAGUCCUUCAUGCUCUCCCCAUCCCCUCACCAUUCCUUUCAUAAAGCUUUGUGAAAUCAUAUCAAAACUGUGGAGGCAGUGGAGAACCAGGCUGGAGAAGAAGCCCUUCAGCAGACAGGGCUUUCAGACACAGCCCUGGGGUACAACAGUCCUUGAUGCAAAGGACAGGACAGAAUUCUCUUGCUUUUGUUUCGCACUGAUCUCCAAAGAGGUCAGGAAAGCUUGUUCUCAUCUCUAAAGAGUUUCCUCUGCCCAUGUUUCCUCUAGAAAUUCCCCCAGAUGUUUUUUGGAGGCUUUGGGUGACUGGCAGAGACCUGGCUCUGUGCUUGUCCAAGGAUCACAUCAGCACUUAAACCCACCAGGAGGGAAGACCUGGGCCAGGUUCUUUCUUGGCUUUCCUGCCUCAGCCCCCAGAGUCUCUCUGGGUUAGUGCCUGGAUAGCGGCCAGUAGAGCACUAAGGUGGAAGGUGCCAUCUCUGCUCUUUAACAGAAGCCCCUCUGCCAAGACCGGCAAGCGUAGCAAGGCCAACCCUUAUGGCCCUUUCCUCGAGGGGAUCCCUGGGUCUCCCGUGCUCCUGUCAGGGGAUGCUGCUUCCCGAUGCCCAACCCAUGCACCCCGCCGGCUAUCGGGCAGCACAGCCCCAUCUAUGCAAAUCUAUGCAAAUAUGAGCAAUGCUCGCAAAUCUAUGCAAGCGUGUGGGGCCGUUUCGGGCGGGGCAGCCCGCCCCGGAGCGCCGGUGCCGCCCCCGGUAUAAGGCGGCGGCAGCGCCGCCGUCCCAGGGCGCGGAUCUGCGGCAGCCCGGGGACAGGCAGGUCGUGCGGCAGCGGCGGCAUCAUGCGCGAGUGCAUCUCCGUCCACGUCGGCCAGGCCGGCGUCCAGAUGGGCAACACCUGCUGGGAGCUGUACUGCCUGGAGCAUGGCAUCCAGCCCGAUGGGCAGAUGCCCAGUGACAAAACCAUUGGCGGAGGGGAUGACUCCUUCACCACCUUCUUCUGUGAGACCGGGGCUGGGAAGCAUGUCCCACGGGCCAUCUUUGUGGACCUGGAGCCCACUGUGAUUGAUGAGGUUCGGGGAGGAGUCUACCGCCAGCUCUUCCACCCUGAACAAAUGAUCACUGGCAAGGAGGAUGCUGCCAACAACUAUGCCCGUGGGCACUACACUAUUGGCAAAGAGAUCAUUGACCAAGUGCUGGACAGGAUCCGGAAGCUGGCUGACCAGUGCACAGGACUCCAGGGAUUCCUUGUGUUUCGUAGUUUUGGAGGUGGCACGGGCUCUGGGUUCACCUCCCUGUUGAUGGAACGACUCUCUGUUGACUACGGCAAGAAGUCCAAGCUGGAGUUCUCCAUCUACCCUGCACCACAAGUCUCCACUGCUGUGGUAGAGCCCUACAACUCCAUCCUCACCACACACAGCACAUUGGAGCACUCAGACUGUGCUUUCAUGGUGGACAACGAGGCCAUCUAUGACAUCUGCCGCAGGAACCUGGACAUCGAGCGCCCAACCUACACCAACUUGAACAGACUCAUCAGCCAGGUUGUCUCAUCCAUCACAGCGUCACUGAGGUUCGAUGGAGCCCUGAAUGUUGAUCUGACCGAGUUCCAGACCAACCUGGUGCCCUACCCUCGCAUCCAUUUCCCCCUGGCCACCUAUGCCCCCGUGGUUUCAGCUGAGAGAGCUUAUCAUGAGCAGCUGUCAGUGGCCGAGAUCACCAACUCCUGCUUUGAGCCAGCCAACCAGAUGGUGAAGUGUGACCCUCGCCAUGGCAAGUACAUGGCCUGCUGCCUGCUGUACCGCGGGGACGUGGUGCCCAAGGACGUCAAUGCCGCCAUUGCCACCAUCAAGACCAAGCGCAGCAUCCAGUUUGUGGACUGGUGCCCCACGGGCUUCAAGGUGGGCAUCAACUACCAGCCGCCCACGGUGGUGCCAGGGGGUGACCUGGCCAAGGUGCAGCGCGCCGUCUGCAUGCUGAGCAACACCACAGCCAUCGCUGAGGCCUGGGCUCGCCUGGACCACAAGUUCGACCUGAUGUACGCCAAGCGCGCCUUUGUGCACUGGUACGUGGGCGAGGGCAUGGAGGAAGGGGAGUUCUCUGAGGCACGGGAAGACAUGGCUGCUCUGGAGAAGGAUUACGAGGAGGUGGGCCUGGACUCCUACGAGGAUGAAGAGGAGGGUGAGGAGUAGAGAAGCCUCAGCCAAAAAGGACCAUGCUCCUUCCCAAUGUUACCUGCAGAAACCCUUUGCAAUAAACCGUUUCAGAGCCUCUGUGUCUCCCACUA